UCAAUCGUUGAAAUAAAAGAUCCCGUAUUACGCUACUCGCUGUUUCCAAUUCCGUAUUACCAUACUAGCCGGACUUCUUCGACCCAUUUAAUGACGUCACAUUACGCGCACCGAAAAUAAAAAUAUUUUAUAUUUAAGAAAUAUAUUACGUAUUACAUCGUGUGACGUCAUUUCUGUGACGAAACACAAUAGUUUUAUCUAAAUUCUAAGGACCUGUCGGACGUGGUGUUUUUUAACAGUAAACUAUUUGUUAAAAAGGUCGAACGAAUUCAAAACGUAUUUUGGAGUGUGUUUUUAUCAUGCAUAAAUGUGUAUUUCGAGAGGAAUACAAUAAAAUAGUGUGGUUUAAACUAAGUUUCGAUAAAGACAUGGAAGAUAGAAGUGGAAGUGCAUAUUGUUUCAACGCUUUUGUUAUAAACAUCGGAUUAAAGUUGUCAACUUAAUUGUUAUAAACAUUGGAUUAACGAUGGCAUUAAGUCUUGGUGUAUGGUGUGGGUCGUCAUUUUAAUCGUACCGUACGGUCUUCUUGUAACCAAAACCAACAUGAACGUCAAUUGGGCGACUCUGAGUUUACAAGUGUUGACUUGCCCAUUUUUGGUCCCUCUGAUAUCAACGAUAUCUUGGUCCAAAACAACUUCCAAAGGCGUCAUUUCUGGUUGCGUUACUGGCCUUGGUGCAUCUGUAGCUGGUAUGAUGAUUAUGGGGUCUACUUACGAAGGCGGACUCGUAAAUUUCUAUGUGAACACCGCACAUGAUUACAGUCUUUUGACUUCCAUGAUUGCCGGUUUAGUCACAAGCGCGAUUGUGACAAUAGGCGUAUCCCUCUGUACCAACACAAUAAGGUCAGAAGAAGACAGCGACAUGGAAUGGGCUAAAACGAUUAGCAUUGACAACCCUCUGAGUCCGUUUCGUUUGGUCUACGAGGAAGAACUGGCUAAACUUGAUGUCAGUACCAUAAUAACAGCAAGAAUUAUGGAUAAAGUAUUCAGAAAAGCUCGUUUGGUCGCAGUGUUGGGCGGGGUACUGAGUCUCGUCUUAUUCGUCGUGAUACUUCCGACAGUUGCGCUUAGUUUUGAUGUCCUUUCGUUUGAUUAGUUUUCAUCAUGGCUAAAGACGUACCAGGUAUACUGCUUCGUGUGCACAUUUGUUGUGGUUGUU